GGCCCACUCGUGGUGGUACCUCCACCAGCCCCUACACGAAGGAGGAGGAGGAGAAGAUGGCCGCCAUUCUGCAAGAGAAGAAGGAGAAGAAGGAGGCCAAGAAGAAGGCCAUGCAGGAGGAGCAGGCGGCAAAAUUGAGAAAGAUAGAGGAGGAGAUGGCCAGAGAGAAGGAGAGAAUAAAGAAAGAAGAAGAGGAGAAGUUGAAAGAGGUGAAAGAGGAAGAAGAUGAGGGACCGCCACUAGAAAGAAGGAGAGGGCAGCACAGUGGCAACAGGGAUGGUGAGAUGGAGAAACGGAUUUCAGAGUGGGUUGCUAACUUGUCCUUGGGAGAGGAGGAAGAAGUGACCCUAAAGAAAUGGGAAGCAGAAAAGGAUGUGUUAAAGCGGCAGGCGAUGGAGGAUGAACAGAGGAUGGAGUGGAAACUCGCGAUGAUGAGAGAGAAAAAGAGAAGGGUGGAGGCGGCAAGUGAGGCGGUCAAGGAAUUAGAAGAAGUGCAGAAACUAAGUCUAAAGUUGACCCCUCAGGUAGAUCUCGAACGAAAGGUAGAGAUCCUUGCCCAGAGCGUCGAGCGGUUAGCAAAGAUACAAGAGUAGCAGUAUGAAUUUAGCCGAAGCCAGGACAUAGU